AUGCACGGCGUGUCGUCGCAGCACAUAAUCAACUGGGACGUGGUGCUCGCGUACAGCUGGCGGCCCGCACCCCUGGCUCUCGCCGGCGCAUCCCCUUGGCUGCGCCGUCGGAUGGAGCAGCUUGACUGGAUUAGCCUGGUUUCGAAGAAAAUCCCUGCGCACUACCCUGAGUUGCGCGAGAGCAGCGCCACCGCCACACUCAUUCUCGGCGACGGCAAUUUGUUUCGAGAAAGCGUUGCUAUCCCGCGACAGUAUCGCAGGCGCCUGGAGCCCGGUCAGAAUCAUCACAGCGCGUUGCUGCUCGACCAGCUGUGGCGGCAGGGCUCGCUCAACAACACCGACACACAGACGGCGGCGUGCCUACGCGGCAUCACCAACGACGUGCUAGUGGUCGAGGAUAUGUCGUGUACGUGCCACGUUUUUCUAGCCAACAAUGCCGCACCGCCAACGCCACAUCUGCUUUACUGGCUGGCGCGGCCGCGUCGCGGGGAGGACCGGCAGUGGGCCGUGAAGCAUCGCAUGCCGCUGGCCAUCGACGAGAUGGUGGCGUACCCCAACACCAGCGAGGAAGACGUGAAACACCUUAACAGUGACGUUGAAGGCUCUCGCAUUGUCACCCGCGCGCGUGGCUUGGCGCUUCAUCUCACCGAGCACCACUUGCCUUGGCUGGCGAAAGCCCUUGUGUCGGAGUUGCCAAACUUGCAGGAGUUAUAUUUCUCACUGGAUGAGGGAAUGCUGCAGCCACCGCGGGAAGUGUGGUGGUGGAUCGUUAGUAUGCUUGCAGGGAAGUCGAACCUCCGCGUUCUCUGUCUAUCACGACGUCCGGCACCACUGUUGGGGGCGUCACGAAUGGCAUUCAGCGACGAGGUCGUGCUUGCUCCCUAUGUGGAGGAGAUUGAACCCGGCAGAGGCGCCGAGAGUGCUCUUGGCCGUACCCACAAUAGCCCUCGGCGCACUGUUGGGUGCACCGCAAUCCACAACGCGGAGGCUUGGAAUCAUAGUUGUGGAAACGAUUUCUUAGCCGUAAAGGGUCCUUGCGCCACAUCACUUGGCGCGGCAAUUAGCAGCCAUGACAACUGUGGUUCUUCCGCGUUGCACGAACAAAACUGUGGUGCGCCGCGCCUUCUCGACUCGGUGGAUGUGCGGGGUCUACAGCACUUGACCUCCCUCGAAGUUCUCUAUAUUUGCCCCUCCGCGAUGGAAUCGCUGCCGUUUCUCGCCCAUACCACUAAGCUGAGGGAGGUGUAUCUCCUCUCUAACACAAAGCUGCACACUCUCGGAGCGCGUGACCUCGAGCAUCUCCCCGCCUUGGAGGUGUUGUGGCUCGAGUGCACCUCCGUUCGACAACUCUCUGGGCUACAAUGCUCAACCACACUGCGAGAGCUGCACGUGGUACUUGACCCCUCUUUCAAUACGUCUUCCUUGGAAGGCAUUGAAUGCAUCCCCACACUAGAGGUCCUGCACCUCGAACGGGUGUCUGUGGACGCCCUUGCUUUUAUUGGCCACAGUACGUCGCUGCGGGAAUUGAUAGUUCAGGCGUGUCGUAUGCCCUCCAAGAAGGCGCUGCACGGAGUGGAGAGGGCACCGUUGGAGCAUGUUUCCUUCGCUUACACGGACGGCCUCCGGGAUGCCGACUUCUUAGCAACAUGCAAAACAGUUCGUCAGUUACUGCUGACACGAUGCAACGGAAUUGGUACAACCUCUAUUGCAGGUCUUGGAGUGCUUCCUCGCCUAGAAGUGCUAGCGCUAGAGUUCACCCGUGUUGAUUCGAUCAUUGAAUUCACUGGAAGCCAAUCUCUACGCCAUCUCAGGUUAAAUGGAUGCAAACGUGUGCGGAAGGGCUCGAUCAGCGGUCUGGACGGCUGUGAAACGCUGCAGUACCUCUGCUUGCAGAACACAAAUGUUAUUAGCGUGGAGGCAUUGAACACGUCUCGCAGCUUGGUGGAACUGGAUCUCAGUCAUUGCAAGCACCUCGAGCAGCAAGGAAUCGAGGGCCUUGUCAGCAUCCCAGUUCUUAAGAUCCUUCGCAUGUCACAUACUCCCAUCACAAGUAUUUCUUUUUUAAAGAACAUCACAUCACUUGAGGAGUUGUACAUUGAUCACUGCCCAAAUAUCACCAACGAGGGACUUCAAGGUAUCGAGGAAAAUCCCACACUACGCACACUUUCCUUAAUGAGUAGUCAGGCAAACGAAAUUGGCUUCCUUGGUGGGAGCCGUCGUCUCGAGGUGCUCCACGUUGCGUCGAUGGAGCGACUUCGCACACCUGGAAUUCGUGGGGUCGAGCGCUGUUCCAGGCUCCGCCACCUCAACAUGGCGUUUUGUGGCGUGGACUCAGUCACGUGCUUAGCAAACGGUUGUUUCAGUCUGGAAUAUCUUAACCUUCGCGGGUGCCAGCGCCUCACAUCAGAAGGUCUGAAGGGACUCGAAACACUGCCUACUCUGACAGAUUUAAUCCUUGACGAUCUCGAUCUUGUUUCCGACAUCAACAGCCUGGCUGCUUGCUCCUCCCUGCGACACCUAAGCGCCGCGCGGUGCACAUCGCUCACAUUCCACGGUGUGCAAAGCCUCCUCGCAAGGGCGCGGCCAAUCGUACUUCACCUGUAA